CUAGGGUUUGUGUGGCCUAGGGUUUCUGAGCAGGGGAGAGAGCAUCGCAGGGAUCGCAAGGGGCGGCAUUCCAUUCUUCGAGCAUGACAUUUCCGGGAGAACUCGUGCAUUUCGUCAUGCUGGAGAGGUUCUGGCUAGUGGAUGAUAGAUGAUUGCAAAAUGUAGGCGGAGGAACUCCUAGUUCGUUUGAUCGGUGAUAGUUUUAGCAUAUGGUGAAGGGAGGGAGAUGACAGGUGGGAUUCCGACCGAGUUAUGGGACACCACUUACAACGACUAUGGACGGUUUUACAAAAGUGCCAAGCGGCAGCUCGAGGAUGCCGCUUCGAAAUGCGAGAGAAAGUGUGAGAAGCUCUCUCGGGAGCUGAUGGAUUGCCAGAAAACGCUGGACGAGCUGAAAAUGCGAACAAAAAAUGAUAAUGCUGCGGGUACCGGCGAGAGCAGUUCGCCAAGUCGUCGUGCCCUCAAAGGCAUGCUUAGAUAUCAGUCUUCUAUACCCAACCUCCGAGUUCCUGGGUACACCCAUGCAGCGGACGAGGAGGAUCGAAAGAGCCAGAAGGAGCAGGUGCAGCAAGAAAUGCAGUUCAUGCGUAUUAAAAAGAAGGACCAAGAUAUCGAAAGAAUGCGCAUGGAGCAUAUUGUUAACGCUUACAGAUACAGACAGCUUUUCCCGGCCGAGUACAACAUGGAGCACAAGAACUAUCCUCCUCCCUCUCGACAUCACGUAUUCGAUCUUCAGCCGCAAAGGCGCUUCGAGAAGAGAGUUCCUGCACCACUACAUCCGUCCGUGACCAGAUAUACGCACUACAAGUUUUAUGGAUACGGUGGACACGGUGCCAAGACCAGCUGGGGGCACAAUAUGCCUCUGGGAAAAAGGGUCCGGCAUUGCAAACGAACCCGUAUACUACCAUCGCAUUGAUAGAGCUGAGCUAUGCGCCGCUCUCGCGUUUCGUUCCAUGGAAAUUAGUGUGAAAUCUUUGUUCAGUAUGGUAUCGCCUGCCUCCGCCUUCUGUGGAUCUGAACGAGCGGGUUUACCCGCGUGUAAGUCUUACUCGGGCAGGCGUAAGAUUCACAGGUGUCAUUGCGUUUUUGCAACCAUGGACGUGUUUUCUUCCGA